AUGUCUCCUACACUAUCACAACAGUAUUUAAGUACCCGCGGUGCUGAGUACGGGAGAACCUUUGAAGAUGUUGUUCUUCAAGGCCUGGCCUCGGACGGUGGUCUUUUCAUCCCUGAGGAAAUCCCUGCUCUUCCCCAAUCAUGGGAGACCGAAUGGCGCGAUCUGAGCUUUGAGGAUUUGGCGCUCGAAAUCAUGUCGCUCUAUAUCUCUACGGACGAGAUUCCCCGAGAAGAUCUCAAGAGCAUCAUCUAUAAGUCCUACUCGACUUUCCGACACCCCGAGCGCACUCCUUCCGUCCUCCUUGAAAAGAACCUCUACUUGCUCGAGCUAUUCCACGGCCCGACCUUUGCCUUCAAGGAUGUUGCGCUAAGUUUCCUCGGAAACCUGUUCGAGUAUUUCCUUGUUCGAAAGAAUGCUGGAAAGACUGGCAAGGACAGACACCACCUUACCGUUGUCGGUGCUACUAGCGGCGACACUGGUUCGGCUGCUAUCUAUGGUCUCCGCGGCAAGAAAGACGUCUCUGUCUUCAUUCUCUUCCCCGAUGGCGGCCGAGUCUCUCCUAUUCAAGAGAAGCAAAUGACAACUAUCUUGGAUCCUAAUGUCCACACCCUCACCGUGGCGGGCUCCUUCGACCAUUGCCAGGAUAUCGUCAAGGCGCUCUUCGCCGAUGCGGACCUUAACUCCACCCACAACAUCGCCGCGGUCAACAGCAUUAACAUGGCCAGAAUCCUGGCCCAGAUCACCUACUUCUUCUACUCCUACUUCUCCCUCACCAAAACCGCCUCGUUCACCAAGGAAUCCAACGUGCGCGUGGUCGUCCCGUCCGGCAACUUCGGCGACAUCCUUGCCGGCUGGUUCGCUAAGCAGAUGGGUCUCCCCAUCGAGAAACUGGUGAUUGCCACCAACGAGAAUGACAUUCUCGAUCGCUUCUUCCGCAGCGACGGCCACUACACAAAGAAGGCCCUCGACGCGACCACCGACCACGGCGUGAAGGAAACCUACAGUCCAGCCAUGGACAUCCUCGUCAGCAGUAACUUCGAGCGCCUCCUCUGGUUCCUGUCAUACAAAACCGCCAGCGGCAGCGAAGCCGAGCGCCGCAAGAUCGCCUGCGAAAGUGUCAGUGGGUGGCUGAACGAGCUCAAGACCAACGGCGGCUUCCAAGUCCCCAGCGCCGUCCUCGAAGCCGCCAAGGUCGAUUUCGAGAGUGAGCGCGUCAGCAACGACGAGACCAUCGCUAUGAUCCGUGAUAUCUACAAGACUUCCUUCCCUAAGGGUCUUGGUCCCGGCUCCGCCAAGAGCUCCAAGACCGGUGGGUACAUCCUUGACCCCCACACUGCUGUUGGUGUUGCUGCUACGCGCCGCUCGUUGGCGCGCAACCCUGAGGAUAUCCAUAUCUCUCUGUCCACUGCCCACCCGGCUAAAUUUGCCAGCGCUGUGGACCUUGCUCUGCGUUCCGAGGAUGGUUACAACUUCACGGAGAUCUUGCCCCAGGAGUUCAUUGGUUUGGAGCAGCGUGAGAGUCGGGUUACCGCUGUCGGCGAGAGUGCUGGAUGGCAGGGCGUCAAGGAGAUUGUCAAGGCGGAGCUUGAACAGGAGUUGCAGGGGUUGCGAUAG